CGCAGCAUGUAAGUUUUUUAUAACGUCUCUAACCUAGUGAACAGUUUUUUAGAUGACGAAAGAUCACUAGGUUAGAUCGUCUCAAGGUACGUAAUAGAUCGUAGGUAGAAUCUAUCUCUAAAUAUUUAAAUGACUCGACUCUCCCCAAAGUUGCAUGUCAUUUGUCAUGUCCUCAGGAGGUAUUCGUUCAUCUUCUUGAAACCAAUACACAAGCAAAUACAUAUCAACCACACGUGUCUACACAUAUAUUAGGUAUAUAUUAGUUAUAUUAUUAUAUAUAAAUCUUCAAAAGGGAACAUCAUGGCCAGCUCAACCACCAAACAGCCGCUCAACGUCGGCGUCAUCGGUUACGGAUUAUCCGCCACCGUCUUCCACAUCCCAUUCAUCACCAUCACACCAACCCUAAACCUCCAUUCCAUCCUGCAGCGCAACCCCAGCCAGUCAGGAAAGUCAGCCCCGCGUGAUCAUCCCGACGUGAAGCACUUCACCUCUCUGGACCAAUUCCUCGCCGACGCAGACCUCGACGUGGUCGUCAUCACCACUCCCCCCGAGACGCACUUCUCGUUCGCCCAGCAGGCCCUCCAAGCGGGCAAGCACGUCCUCGUAGAGAAGCCCUUCGUCCCGAGCGUUUCCGAGGCAGACGCCCUGAUCAAGCUCGCCAGAGAAAAGGGUCGGCUGAUCUGCGUGUACCAGAACCGCAGAUGGGACAGCGACUUUCUAACCGUGCGUAAGCUCCUAGCCGACGGCACGCUAGGUCGAGUCGUUGAAUUCGAAACGCACUUUGACCGCUUCCGGCUAGAGAAGCCGUCUACCUGGAAGGGCACGCUCGGGAUGGACCAAGGCGGCUCGGCGCUCUACGACCUAGGCACUCACCUGAUCGACCAAGCAUACGUGCUAUUCGGCAAGCCACGAAGCGUCUUCGGCAUCCUAGCCAGCCAGCGGGACGGCCUCCUGCUCAGCCCGCAGAACCCGGAUAUAGAUCCCGACAGCGUCACCGCGCAGCUAUUCUACGAUAACGGCCUAGUCGUUUUCGUGCGUAUCGCCAGCGCGAGCGUCGAGGCGCGGCAGCCGAGAUUCUGGAUCAGGGGUACCAAAGGUAGCUACCGCAAGGAGGGUCUCGACACGCAAGAGCCACAGCUCCGUUCCGGCAUGAAGACGGACGACGCUAAUUUUGGACGAGAGAGCCCGGAGUGGAAUGGGAAACUUACUCUUGUCGGCGAUGACGGCAGUUUUCGCGUACAGGACUGUCCGAAUGUGGAGCCUGAAACCUACAGCAAGCUCUUUGAGCUCUUUGGAGAGGCUCUUGUUCGAAAUCGCGAAGAGGAUUUGCCGGUUCCGGCAUCGCAAGCGAGAGAUGUCCUACAAAUCAUUGAGGCUACUAAGGAGAGUGCGAGAAGCCAGCGCCAGAUUCAACUUUCUUAGUGAAACAUAUCAUCAAUUCUCACGAUCAAUAAUCAUCGUUUCUAAUAGCCGCUCUAUCAACUUACCUGUAAUUUGCGUAAAAGCGCCCCUGUUUACCCCAGCCUUCCCGUAGAUUGCUCAUGUCACAGUGCGUCUUACGUGAUCGUCGACAUCGUACCAAAAUCUUCAUACUUCGUAGGUACUUACA